AUGGGCAAAAUUCAGCCACAAUUCGCAUUACCACCGUUGCUUUCCCAACUCGGCAGAGGUCGUCAUGCGAAGGAUCCGGAAAGCUGUGCCGAGACUAUGCUGGCAACAUCUGCGUUACACGCCUACGGAAAAGAUACUCCGUGCAAUGCUUUGCUACGUUUCACGUACAGCACAGCAUAG